AUGGAAUUUCUUCAACUCAACAUUCAGAAACGAGUCCAGUUUGUUGCCUGGAAAGUCAUGUCGGACCUGCUUACAUCGGGCUCAAUCUCUACUCUCUAUGGGGAUGGAAGUGAUCCGAAGAGUAACGCGGCCAAGGGAGUAAUGCAGCUAGCGCUAGAAAUGCACGCGCUAGGACUGGUCGGCGGAAACAAAAAGAACGAUUGUGCGCCCGAUCUUUCGCUACUCGAGCCUCCAAAGAAAUGCCAAAACACGAAGGAAACAAUAAAAGUGCCAACUUCGGAACACGUCGCUGAAAUCGUCGGCAAGCAAGGCUGUAAAAUCAGAAUUCUUCGAGAGAAGACAAACACUUACAUCAAGACACCUGGCCGUGGCGAGGAACCACAAUUUGUAAUAACAGGGCGAGCGGAAGACGUCGCUAUCGCAGCUGCUGAGAUCCGCGAGGCAGCGGAGCACUUUACUGUUAUACGCGCUCAGCGAACACGGGUUGGCUCAAUGGUAGCCGCCCACGGUGUUCUCGGAUCCGAACAUGGAACUGUCACCGUCAAAGUGAGAGUCCCCUACAAAGUCGUCGGCCUGGUCGUUGGUCCCCGCGGAUCUACCAUCAAAAGGAUACAGAACGAGACGCACACUUACAUCGUCACCCCAAGUCGCGAGAAAGACCCAGUAUUCGAAGUGACAGGUCUCCCGGAGAACGUCGAAGUCGCGAAGCAAGAAAUCGAAGCCUACAUCGCGACGAGGACGGGCACCGGUUCUAUCGAUCGCGACCUUGACUUCGCCGCCAAUGGUGUUGAUAUUGGCGAUGAUGGCGAAAUCGAGAAUCCAAUUGCUGGAAACUCUUCUGCAAGCACCUCCGAGCGUGCCUUGGCUGCUCUUCAGGCUUUCGGCUCGCUCUCUAUCGGCGACAGGCAGAAAGUGGAUCAGUUCCUCCAGAGUUUGAAUAGCAGUUCUGCUCUACAGCAUUCAACGACAACAACCAACAAGCACAAGCCAUAUGUCGAGGCUGGUGUCUCCUCCCCUCGUCCCGUUUUCCCUAGUUUUUCACGACCCUCCGAAACCCCUACGCCGACUGAAAUGCCACCUCUUUUGGGUGGAAGUCUUCUUGGCUCCUGUAUUUCUUCAUUCAAACAGCCCAGCUCGCCGCCCUCUGCUUCGUUGAAUAAUAACGAAUCUUUAACAGAUUCUACUUCAAUGCUGGACAUCAAUUCUCUGAGUCUCAAAAACAAUUUCGCACUUUACCAAAAGUCGAUGUCAAAGCCAAUUGCUGAUGUUGAGCCCACAGACGACACGCCGCAAAUUGUUGUUAACCUCAAGGAAAUCGGAGUUGAUCUGGACAAGGAUGUUGGUCGUAGCAUCCAGAAGAAGCAAGAAGAAGAGAAAGUAGAAGUCGAUGUUAGCAAGUCAAAGCUAAACCCAACCGCCGCCUCGUGGUGUCCCGCCGCCACCAAAGUGAUAAAGCCAAUCCAAAAGCCGUCGAGCGUUAACUUGGCACCGAACUUCGCGAAUUCUUCCAAGCAGCGCAGAACGCCGCCGAACAUUCAGAAGAUCGCAGCUGGCGAUGGCAUUUACAUCCAAACUAAACAGAAACAGACAACGCUGCGCUCGUCGCGCGACAUGCAAAACUUUCCCUCUGUCAAUGGCGCUGUCCAAGCUCCCAAAAAAAUGACGACUACUGGUCAGCUAACUGCCCCGAUGACAAACAGUCUCUUGACUCGCAAUCUCGUUAGAUCCCCAUCGCCAUCGGACGAUACGCGCUCGAUGUCUACCCUCGAGUCCGGCUACGGCACCGAGUCCCUCUCCGACAUCAGUUCGGUGAGUGGGAAAGCGGCGUGCAUCCUGUGCCACCAAAACUCGCGUUCUGCCGCUCUGGUGCCUUGCGGUCACUCGUCCUUUUGCUACACCUGUGCUCUCACUAUUGCUGCCAUGACGGAUUCGCAGUGUCCGCUCUGCUCGACUCCUGUCAAUAUGGCUCUCAAUAUCAAAUGA